CUGGUGGCAGCAAUUUAUGCUUUUCUUCAGUUUUGCAACGAUGUUAGUUCUUUUUUUAGUGAAUGCAAAAGGGAUACAAGAGCAGAAUUAAUUGAAGACUUGCAAAAGGAGAAGAAAAUUUUAUUGGCCAAAUUGAAACGUUUAUUGUCACAGCCAUUGCCACCCAAUAACAUUGAAAUCAAGAAAACUCGUUAUGUGACUGCAGAAAUGGCCUCCAAAUAUGGAAAAUUUUCGACGCCGAAAGCGAUCUCGUCACUUGCAGAUAAUAUGAAAUAUGAAAAGCUUCUUAAAAAAAAGUGUCGGACUGUUUUUGUGAAGCAUUUUAAAACUUCUAGGAAGAAAAAGAAUAAGAGAAAAUAA